AGCAUGCCAUAAGGUCAGUCACUUUAUCUGUGUUAUGAUGCGCCACGUAACAAUGAAGUUUCCUGCAAUUCUUUUAUUUUUAACACUAAUAUUGCGCAAGGCAGAGUGUUCGGAGGAUAAACGCUUGCUGCUCCAUGAUGCAGAAUCUAUAGCAGCGAUUAUACAUCAACUUGAAACUAGGAUUGAUGAAUUAAAUUCAACUCACUCCAAGGACGUGGCCGACCUGAAGGCUGCACAUGCAAAGGACGUUGCUGAAUUGAAAGCUGCACACGUAAAGGACGUGGCCGAACUCAAGGCUGCACACGCAAAAGAAGUUGCAGACCUGAAAGCUGGAUUGAAUGCUGAGAAACUUGAACAUUGUAAGUACACUAUUUGUAUGUUCCAAAAUUUGAUGAGAUAUAUUAACCUCUUUGCAAAAUCACAAGCACAAAUCAAUAAUCGACAAUAG